ACGUCAUCCUCAUACAUAAAUAUAAGAAACUGGCAGGAUUAUUGAAAUAUGGUUUAUGGGAAAAUUAAGAAACUGCUGCCAGAUAACCAAAUGAAUUCAAAUGAAAUUGUUCUUAUAGAGAGUCAUUUUCUUGAAACUAGCAGGAGUGGCAAAUAUUUACGCUCAGUCAUACUUGGAUUAACUAAUGCGAAUUUUGCAAUCGCAUCUAUGGUCUAUUGCAUAAAGUUUGAAAAAAACGAGGAAGAUAUGCCAAAGUACGAUAAACAAUUAAAACUGUACUAUUUGUAUUCCCUUGAUGUUAUUAAAAUCAUUAUAUUCAAACAACAUAUACGGAAUUCACUGAAAGCAGUUACCACACAUGGCGUAAGAUAUUUUCAAAUAGCGAAUACUCCUAAGAAAAAGAUAUAUUGGGAUUUAUGGUGCAGAUAUGUUAAAGAAAUAAACAGUGAAACGAAAUUAUGGCCUUUUAAACGUACGUCGGAUGUUAAGGUAAUGAAGCCGACAUGGUUGGACAAACAUUUGUAUUUAGGUGAAAAAAGAGCGAUAGAAGACAAAAAUCGUCCUGUACCUGUUCCUGGCCUAGGAAAAAAUGUGGAAGUAAAAUCUCUCUAUGUAAAACCUCAAUAUUUUGGACAUUGGGACGAAUCAGAACAAUGGGUACAAUGUGGUUACAAUACCAUGAUUUCUGAGAUCUAACACGACAUUUUCAAUUCUUUCAUUGGUUCCUAAAUUUUUGCAAGAAAAUCAUGUAAUAUUUGUGAAAGUAAAUUGGAAACUUAAAGGUAUUUUUGUAUUUUGUGAAGGGUUACAUAUUAAAAAUAUAGAUAUUUUAUAUUUAUGGGUAAUGUGAUAAAUAUAUGCGCAUGCGCGCGACUAAUACUGUCUUCACCUGAUGAAAACUAGUAAACCAGUUUUCACCGUCUAACAAGUGUCAAUGUCAAAUUGAUAGCUCAGUUUUAGAGUUAGGAAAUUGAGGUUAUAAACAGUUAUAAAGGCGAAUAUAAUUAUUUGUGAAAGAAACAAGUAUUGAUUAAUUGUUUUUAAUUUUUAUACAUUAUGUUUUGUUACAUAAGUAUACUUUGUUAAGACAUCGAGGCCAAUUUUCCUCUACCAUUUCUCAGACUAAUGCAACAUUUAAUUCGAUAAACUACUAAUUUUUAUUUCAAAAUGACAAUAAAUACAUUAUUUCGAUUUUCACGUACAUUGGUGCGUUAUCAAGGCUUAAAACCAUCUCAUAUAAAUAUAUACAAUAAUUGUAGAUAUUUACAUAAAAAUUCAAGUUUGUGUGCAAAAAUAUUUAUGGAAAAUGAAAAUAGUUAUGCUUAUAAUAUAAUGGAAAAUAAAGGAUACGCGAUGAAGCUAAAUAAUAAACAAGACCAGGUACAUAUUUCUAAUUAUUCUUUGGAAGAUUUAUUAUCAGAAAAUUGGACGAAGAAACCACCCCACACUAUUUUUGAAACAUUUUGUAUCCUUGGUGUAUUGUGCUCUAAACACAAUAAGUGCAUAUCUGAUAAAAUUUUUGAUGAUUUCAUUGAUAAUUUAACAGAUAACUUGACUAAGGCAAGUGAUACUGAGUUAAAAUCGGUGUUUUAUUCUUUGCUAAAAUGGCCUGUAACAAAUUCUAUAAAAACAAGAAAUUUCAUAGAAGUUUGGGCAGCACUUGAUGAUGAAUGUCUAAAAAGAAUAAGAGACUGGUCAUACGAUGAAAUGCUUGAGUUCAUCACUAUGUUCUACAUGCUUAAUAUUAACAGAGCAAGUGAUUUUUCAUAUAGAUGUUUAUUGAAAUUAGCUUCAAAAGCAAAACAUUUAACAGCUCCGCAACUUGUGAGGACAAUGUUCUUUAUUGGCAUACAGAGAAGAUCACCAAAAAAUAUACAUAAUUUGGAGAUUUUCAUCAAUGAACGCUUCAAUGAAUUUUCUAUUGAUGAACUUGCAAUUAUUUCCAUGGGAUUUUUCAAAAGUAAAACUCCAGUAAGAAAUAUGGAUAUAAUAUGCAAAAUAAUAGAUAUCAUUUCAAAUAAUUCUUCCCAAAUACAUGAAAUUUCACUUGCAGCCCUAUUGAAAAUAAUUAGAUAUUCAAUGAAGGUUGCAACUGGGGACAGAAUAUAUUUGUUAUUAGAUAAGUUACAAGCCGAAGUACCCAGAUUAUCAGUAAUGUGUAAUGUUCAUGUGGGGUUAAUGGCAACAUCUACAUUGACCUUUCAUGAAGGAUGUUUAAAAGCCAUUUCAAAUAGAGUCACUGAUGCAAUUUCAGAAACUAGAUUAAAAGAUCUAGAAAGAUUAGCAUUGACUUUUGGCACAUUUAAUUACACACCAUCAAAAGACUUUCUACAUAAUGUAAUAGCAGAAUUGAAAAAACCAGAAAGAGAGGUUGAGCGUAAUAUCUAUGGAAGAUCCUUUGUAUGUUGCAUAGCCUAUCUUGGGCUUUUAGGAAUAUAUCCUGAAGAACUUAUAAAAUUUGUGUUUGAUCCAAUAUUUUUGCAAAAAACAUAUGGUAAACACAGUAUCACCUAUGGAAGAGAAAUUUUGACACUACACAAUACGGCAAAAAUAUUUUGCAAAGACUCUAACAUUAAACUUCUCUCUGAUAAGGAAGCAAUUAUACUUGCUAAAAAAUACACAGAUUAUGUACCUAGUGAAAAUUAUAAAAAACAGUACAAUGUCUCUGAAAGAAUGUUCUUAGAUGUGUUAAAUAUCUUAAAAGGAGCUAGAGGAGAUGAUUUUGUGACUGGUGGUCAUAUUUUGACACAUCAUCAAAGAGGAGAUAUUAUUUUGUGCAAUGAUCAUAAGGGUUGUGCAGUACCAGUGGGAAAUACUUUUGAUAACAAACAUUUUGGGCUGCUGAAAACACCGCCUAAUAAUAAUUGUUGGAUUGUGUUAAUAAUUGGUGGAAGAAAUGCAUUAAUUCAUAACACCAAAACACCAAGUGGUCUUUUUAAAAGCAAAAUAAAUGAACUUAAAGGUUUAGGAUACUGUGCAGAAUUGGUUUUAUGGGAAGAAUUUUCAAAUCGGAAAUCCAAAGAAGAAAAAUUAGAAUAUUUAAAAGUUCUAAUUGAUAAUGCUGUUAAAAAUAAAUAGUAGUCUAGA